AUGACAGUGCAAACAGAACCAGAGCUAGAAGCUGCAUUAGUGGCAGAUGAACGAGUUAAAGAGGAAUAUAAAGAGCUCAAAGAACGAAUUUUGACUGGAAAUCUACCAUGCCCAAAAGAUCAAGCAGCUUUUUUGGCCAGCAUACAGUUAAGCGUCGAAAGAGAACUAAUGGCUCCGGUAAGAAAAACGCAAGAAUUACAUCAGCAGUUAGCAAAAGGACAAUUUGAACGUAUGCGUGAAAUGGCUCAAAAAAUGAUGAUAACUCCUUGGGAAAUGGAGCAGAAAGUUGCUGCGUCAUCAAAUUUGGCUAAAGAAUUAGCUUUGAAAAGACGUUCAGUAAUCAGUCCAGAAAUAAGACCACGGCGUACAAACAUUCUUAGUUGUGUUAGCGAUCCAGAACCGAUGUUACCAAUGGAGAUUCAAAAAAAGAUUCUUCCACUAUCGUUUGUUAAUGAUCGCAAAACUAACCGUCUUAUUCAGGAACGAAAACGAAAAUUAUUUCAUAGUCGUAUUUACGAGAACGAAAUUAGUUUAAAGAAACUGUACAUCGAGAUUAUAGAAUUUAGUGUAUCUUUAUGA